UGUUCAUAUAAAAACGUCACUUGCAAUGUCUUACUUCUUCAACUUAAACACAAACUUAAUAACUAAAGAUGGCUUCAAGUUUCAGUUUAUAUCUACUUCUCCUGUGCUUCUUCAUCGCCAUUGUAUCAGGACAAAAUACUUCCACUAGUACAAAAACUUUCACCUUGUAUAAUAACUGCAAAGAGACAAUAUGGCCUGGAAUUAUUACAAAAGGUUACAAUAGUCAUGGGGCAGGGUUUGUCCUAAAAUCAGGCCAAACCGCCUUCUACAGUGCCCCAACCGGGUGGAGUGGCCGGAUAUGGGCUCGAACCGGUUGUGAUUUCGACAAAAACGGUAACGGAUCAUGCCAAACAGGCAGCUGUGGGACAUCUCUAAAUUGUUCAAGCCCAAGUAGCCCGCCAAACUCAAUUGCCGAAUUUACCCUCGGAGAUGUCGAUUUUUACGAUGUUAGCCUUGUGGAUGGAUUUAAUGUACCUAUAGUAAUUUCACCUCUUAAGGGUAAAGGAAAUUGUAGCAUUGCUGGUUGUGAUGGAGAUGUAAGGCAAAAUUGUCCGUCGGAUCUCGCCGUUAAGUCCGACGGGAAGGUCAUUGCCUGCCGGAGCGCAUGUGAUGUGUUUAACUCCGAUGAGUACUGUUGUAGAGGAGCAUAUAGUGAUCCUGUGGCUUGUGUACCCUCAAACUAUUCCAAAGGGUUUAAGCAAGUUUGCCCUUCGGCUUCUAGCUAUGCAUUUGACAGGGAUCAAACCAGUAUUAUAACAUGCUCAGCAACAGAUUAUAUUGUCUCAUUCUGUGCAACAAGGAACCAAACCUUCUGCUCUUACCAUGACAACAAGGUUGUCUGCAAUACGACAAAUGGAUCAAAAGCACUAGUACCCAAAGGAUGGUGGAAUCUAAUGGUGGCUCUGCCUUUGGCAUUUAUUUUACAAAUCAAGAUUUAGCCAUUUCUGUGAUUCUGUAUAGUGUGUUUCUCAUUUUUGAAAUGAAAAUUUGGAUUUCUCCCGUGCAUUAUAUUUCUUUUUUUUCUUUUCUUUUCUUUUCUUUUCUGCUUGAUCAUUUCACAUGUAAACUAAGUUGCUUAACCACAAGAAUUUUCAGUUUCA